GCGGAAGUUGGUAUCACAUGUGUGUACACUGAUGAAUCUACCCAGAUAGUUAACGCUUUUUCAUCUGACACACAUGAUCUAACUGGGUUUAAUCGUAAAAUAGGAUUUAAACGUUAUACACAAUGUCAGCGUCAAUGGUACGGAGAGGACUGGAGCUACUAAGCGGAGAUAUAAAAGAUGUGCACAGCGGGCCAAAACACAAGAAGCGCAAAGCAGGCGCAUCUGCGAGGGACCUGAUCAGCUCGAACAGACAGGGGGUCAGCAAGCAGCUGCGCAGGCUACAGGGCCAGCAUGGGGCAGCCAAGAGCAAGACCACCGUGAAGGACAAGCACGUCAAGUCUGCCAUCGAUGAGUACAGGAAGAAACAGGCAAAAAGCCACCUUAGCGCCAACCUGCAGUACUUUCUUGGAUCAAGCUGUUCAACAAAACAGAGCGCAACCCAGAAGAUCGUCAAUCAGAAUUCUGGUCGACAGUCAAGGCAUUGGCCAGACCGGCCAGUUGUCAAACCAAAACAAGAGAAAUCAAUCUUCUCAGAGGAGGAAUUCCAGCAAUUCCAGAAGGAAUACUUUGGCAAAAUUGUGGAGGGUGGAAACUGAGAAGAGGCUCUGGAAGCUCAUGAACUUCCGAUGUGAUGCGUGCGUGUGUGUGUCUCAGAGGACUGCUCAGACCUGGGAAUUGUGUAUUGACAGGAAUGGGGCUGUCAAGUCGUGGAGCCAUACUACUCAAAGAAUAAUGGCGAUAUUUGUUGAGUUGGUGGCUUUCCUGAAAAUGGGAAUGUUAUUUUCCAGUCACUGAUGGACUAAGGACCGACUGGAAGAUGAUGUUGCCAUAGAAACACUGUGGAAACAAGCAGUGAAUUCACCAGUGGCACAGAUAUUGGCUAAAGCACGCCAUGCACUAGUAUGAGUUCGCUGAUCAUUAUGUAUCCUGUUGAAGCUUUUUUAAAGGUUUUUUUUUUUCAUUUCUCUCAUGGCUGUCUACUCUUCUGUAUCUCAAACAUGUUUUCCCCACAUGGCUGUAUUUCUAUUAUAGUAAUGGAAUUAAAAAUGCCACAUUGACUCCUUA